UUCCCCAAAUUCACCAUUUCAAUUUUCCCCGACCCUUAUUUUAUCCCUGAAUUCACCUUGCAUACUUCAACCCUCAUUCUCCAUCCGUCGCUCUACUGCUUCCGUGCGGCUGUCGCUCCACUGCUUCCAUCACAUCGGUGCUGCUGUUGCUUUGUCUCUCUGCACUGUUGUUGUUGCUGCUCAAUCAAAAUUAGUUACUCACUUACUCUCUCUCUCUCUCUCUCUUUUGUUCUUCAUUGAUUUUUCAUCAAUUUUUUGGAUAAAAAAUUUGCUUAGCAUUACUACAGAAUAGGUCUUCAAAGAUUGAUUUGGUACUAAUCAUUAAUCUAAUUUGGAUCCUGAAGCAACUUAAAAAGCACAGAAGAACCUAGUAUCUAAUUUCUUCAAUCCCUAAUUUCUCAGAUUCACUUCAAUUAUUCUGUAGCAUAAACUCAUGUUUUUUUUUAUUCACUACUUUUUUUAAUGAUUCUGUUUGUAUUGAGCGACUUUAAUUUGUUUUCUUUUGUUUUAGAUUGAAUCUUAACUCUAUAAUUUGUUACUGAACUCUUUUCAAAGCCAACUUCAGUUUCAUUUGGAAAUUCCCUAUUUCAGGUGCAAACUAUGACCUAAUCGUAAUCUCCUAUUUCCUAAAUCCAGAAAUCCUGGUCAUGUUUUUUCUGGUCCUAAUCGUGACUCUCUGAAGUCAUGAACUCUACUGAGAGGAAAGAAUUAUUCAGAAAUUUUUAAUUUAUGCCUAGAAUUAAUCAUGUUUGUGGUGGCUAAGUCAUCUAAAAUCUAAACCAAAUAUAGGUGUUGUUGCUUUUUGCAUUUUGUAUAGGACUCAGAUCUCUCUAUUUCAUUGCCUACAUUCUGAACAAAUUGACUAGUUGUUUGCACUUAUUAGAUUUAUUGCAAGAUUUUACAAUGACUAAUUUGUUCCCAAAAACUAACGAUAGUUAAAUCCUGGUCAUGUUUUUUUUGUUCUAUUUUAUUUUAAGAGCUAAUAUGUGUCUAAGUUUUGUGCUAGCAGAAAACAAGUUCGCAGUGAGAAGUGGAGCCAAAACUUCAGGUGAUCUUCCUCAGUUUGAGUCCUGUAAGUCAAUUUCAAUUAUUGAUCUAGAUAAGAACAACUUAUCUGGAACUAUACUAAACAGCUUUUCCAAAUGUCAGGCUCUUGAAAAACUGAACUUGUCGAACAACAAUAUGAUAGGUCAUAUACCAGAAGAACUAGCCAGUAUCCCUGUUCUUAGUGUUAUAGACCUAUCAAAUAAAUCAAUGGCCCCAUACCUGAAAAGUUUGGUAGUUCUUAAAGUUUACAACUUCUCAAUGUGUCCUUCAACAAUAUCAUGGGUUCAAUUCCAACAGGGAAUUCAUUCAAAUUGAUGGGUAGCAAUGCAUUUGUUGGGAAUUCUGAACUUUGUGGAGCACCGCUCUGACCAUGUCCUGGUUCAGUUGGAAUAUUGGGGAGCAAAGGAACAUGGAGGCUUACCCGUAUUCUGCUACUAUGUUUAGGGUUGUUAGUAAUCCUUCUAGGAGUCGCUUUUGGAACACUUUAUUAAAGAAGAGGGAUCAAAAGUCGAUGGAAGAUGGUCUCAUUUGCUGAACACUUUAUGUCAUUUUGAAUUAAGCUUCUACCUUUAUGUCAUUUUGGGUUUCUCUUGUUUUUAAUUUCAGUGAAUGAUCAACUAAGUUAGAUUAUUUAACUAUUUUUAUCUCUGCUCAAUGAAGUGUAUUGAUGGAUAUGUGUUUUGUUUGUGCUUAAUAUUUUUAACAGUGGGGUUCUCAGAGAACUUUGAGUGCUAUUAAGAGAAUCCAGUUUGCAACAUGUUGUGGCGAAUGGGGCCUAUGGCACUGUCUAUAAGAGCACCUAUGAUGGCCAAGAUGUUCUUCUAUUCUACAUUUGCAAGGACAGCUUUUAAGCGUGAAAGUCAACAAAGUUUACAUAUCUUUUGGGAAAUGGUUGCAUAUAUUGCUAAUACAUUAAUUUUCAUCUUAAGUGGAGUUGUUAUAGCUGAAGGAGUACUUGGUGAUGACAAUGUCUUCCAUCAUGACUCGCUGCAAAUUCUUGGUUCUAUUGAAGGAACAUCAUGGACCCACCUCUUGCUUCUCUAUGUUUAUGUUCAAGUGUCAAGAUGCAUCGUAGUUGGUGCAUUAUUUCCCUUGCUAAGGUAUUUUGGAUAUGGCUUGGAUUGGAAAGAAGCUAGUAUUUUAAUCUGGUCAGGAUUGCGAGGGGCAGUUGCCUUGUCACUUUCAUUAUCAGUCAAACGUUCGAGUGGCCGAUCACUUGAAUUGACUCUAGAGACAGGAACGCUGUUUGUUUUCUUCACUGGUGAUAUUGUGUUUUUAACACUUAUAGUGAAUGGUUCGACAACACAGUUCGUUUUACACUACCUUGACAUGGACAAGUUAACAGCUGCAAAGGAUAUACCUUCAGAAGUCUUGUCUUUCGUGGAGAUUCACCUUCCAAAGAAGCCUUAGGAAUCAGAGCACAAGAUCUAUUAUUGUACAUGAUUAUGCCAUUAUUAACUAUUAACCUUAUCUUAGACACAAUGAAAUUACUUAUUACCUACAUAAUAUAAAGUGAAAACCUUGUGAA